AAGCAAGAUGGCGGCCGGAGGUAACACACUGCCAGAGUUGGAAGCAGUUUUUGACAUCGUACAGUCGGACCUGGGGAAGGACUGGAUACGGCUUGCCUUAAAGCUAGGACUGAAGUACAACGUCAUAGAGGAAAUCCGCAAUAUGAGAGAGGAAAAUCUGAUGUGGCGAAAUCACACUGUGCUGGAAAAAUGGAGGCGAGUGAGUGGAAAAGAGGCCACAGUAGACAAACUGCUGACAGCUUUGAAGAGGACAGGAAGACAAGACCUUGUAGACAGGGUGGAAGAGCAACUUUGCCUCAAGAGCGUGUCUUCUUUACAGCUGGAGGAAGAGCAAGAAGUCAAGACUUCCCCAAGAGAACAAGACAAGGAAAAGAAGGAAAGCACCAAGGAAUCAAAGACACACUCAAGAGGUCAAGACAAAGAAAACAAAGAAAGUGCCAAAGAAGUCAAAUCUGCAAGAGAUCAAGACAAGGAAAACAAGAAAAGUACCAAACCAACCAUGAAGGCAAAGAAGAACGUCAAAUCUCGCCAAAGAAAAACAAGAGGUCCGUCAACUGUAAGUGCAAGACUUGGUGUGAGACGUUUAGAGUUUGCACUAAAUGCUGUACAAAGCCAACAGCUUGCUAAAGAAAUGCGUAUGAGGUGCUGCUAUAUAAAGAUUGAAGACUCUGUUAAGGAGGAACUUGUGUCAGGUGCUCAGCACUUAGAACGAAAGGCAAUGGAAGACCUUUCACAAUUCUACAAUGCUAACAAAGACUUGAGUAGGGACGCUAUUAUGAAAGUUUUCAAACAACACAAAGUUUUACGAAAAGGGCUUGACAUUGCCAAAAUGUGGCCGUCUUCAAUCUAUGUACAAAUCUUCCCAGAAACUGACGAAUGUAUCAAAGCACUGAACGAGUACCUAGACAGUGGCCAACUCACCACUGACUUACAGACAGAGUAUGAGAAAAUUGGGUUCAGUGGCCCUUUGCAGGGGGAUGUCCGGUCAAUGGAACAGCUUGAAGAGGAAGUGUCAGAGAUAGUGGAGGAAGCUAUGGACGUCUUUGUGUUGUCAGAAACGCAGGAAACAGGUGAAGACUCUGAAGAAUCUACACAAACCUACGAGGAACUGAGAGACGCCUGGAGAGAUGCGCUGUUAAGGAUAACAGCCUGGACAGGUGAUGAAGACAAGGUGAAGACCCUGCUGCAGGCAGGUGUACAGGUGAACACUGAGAACUCCGAGGGAGAAACACCACUCUGGGAUGCAGUGAAGGGCGGACAUUCUAGCAUCGUUAGACUUCUACUGCAAGAAGGGGCAGACCCUGGAGCAGGGGCAAGCACAGACAGUGGUAUGGGGCAGACUUGUCUACAGUUGGCGGCUGAGGGUGGUAAUGCCGAGGUUGUGAGCAUCCUGACAGAAGCAGGGGCGGACUUGGACAAAGCAGAUGAUGAGGGGAGAACUGCACUGUACCUUGCAGCUAAGGAAGGACAUGUUGAGAUCGUGAGCAUCUUGUCACAAGCGGGAGCUGACUUGAACAAGGCUGCUGAAAUGGGAAUGACUCCACUGUGGGUGGCAGCUGAGAGAGGACAUGCAGAGGCCGUGAGCAUCUUGACACAAGCAGGGGCAGACUUGAACAAGGCAGAUGAUGAGGGAUUUACUCCACUCUCCACGGCAGCUGAGAUGGGACAUGUAGAGGUAGUGAGCAUCUUGACACAAGCAGGAGCUGACUUGGACAAGGCAGAUGACUGGGAAAGGACUCCACUGUGGGUGGCAGCUGAGAAAGGACAUGUAGAGGUCGUGAGCAUCUUGAUACAAGCGGGGGCGGACUUGAACAAGGCAUGCAAUGGGGGACACACUCCACUGUGGGUGGCAGCUUGGAAUGGACAUGUAGAGGCCGUGAGAAUCUUGACACAAGCAGGGGCUGACUUGGGAGACAAGGCAAAUGAUGAGGGAUGGACUCCACUGCGGGUGGCAGCUGGGAAUGGACAUGCAGAGGUCGUGAGCAUCUUGGUACAAGCGGGGACCGAAUUGAACAAGGCAGACGAUACUAAUAGGACUCCGCUGUGGUGGGCAGCUGAGGAUGGACAUGCAGAGGUCGUGAGCAUCUUGAUACAAGCGGGGGCUGACUUGAACAAGGCAAACAAGGAUGAACAGACACCAUUGUGGACAGCAGCGCACCGUGGAAACAUGGAAGUUGUGAAAGCACUUAUCGAAGCAGGAGCAGACAUUUCCAAACCAGACGAAACUGGCAAGACUCCGUACCAAGUUGCCAUAGAAAGGAAACACAUUGAUGUUGCACAGGUGAUUGAGGAAGGCCAAAGUUAAGACAUGAAGGCAACUGAAAACCUGACAUUAACAGAGAAUUGUACAGUAACUAUACUAGAGUUUGAAAUGACAAUUUGACAAACAACAGGACGUAAAUAGUAUUCUUAUUUUGUUCAAAGUACGUUACAAACACACACUGUACAUAGCCAUUUACUGCAGCUAUAUAUGAGUUGAAUACUGAACUGAAUAUAUGGAUUUG